GCGGGAGGGAAAGGAGAGGUAGCAGGAUCGGGACUGUGCCGACAGAGCUAGUGGACAUGCCGUCAAGCUCACUCGUCGUCUCGGAGAGGCUUCGCUCUCUGCUCCUCUUGCCGCUCCUCGCCAUCGCGCUCCUGGCGGGAGAGUCGUCAGGCUACUCAACCAGCUCCAUCGCGUCCCGUCUGGUUGCCCUACAGCCAGCAUUGGACACGAGCAAGAUCACGAGGAUCGCGGACUUCGCUGCAGCUGCCUACUUCCCCGACAACAAGUUCCAGUCAUGGUCCAACGACAGGAAGCUGGUGAUGCCGACGACGUUCACCGACGCGGCUUCCGAGACCAGGGGAUACUUAGGAGUCGACGAGGAGGGAGGGCGUGUGGUGCUGUCCUUCAGAGGAUCGGGGACGCUCAAGAACUUCUUGACAAACUUGAACUUCCAGUUGAUCCCCUUCGACCACCCUUGUGUUAGCGUCCCGGACAUUCGGGUUCACCGAGGGUUCUCGACGGUCUCUCUCCGACUCUAUGAGUCUCAGCUCAAGGACAAGAUCCUUCAUCUCACAGAGAAGUAUCCUGACUUUGACCUGACGGUCACAGGACAUUCUCUUGGAGGAGGCGUCGCCAUCCUGACAUCGUAUCUGCUCGCACACGAUUCUAAACUUUCGCCUUCUUUGAUCACCUUCGGAGCACCGCUUGUUGGCAACCAGCAGUUUGCCGACGCUCAUGCUCUGUGUGUCCCAGAGAUUCUUCAUGUGGUUCACGACGCAGAUCCCAUCCUCUACAACAACGAGCCCCUGUGGAGGGACAACGGGUUCGUGCGGUCAGGACAGGUCUUGAACUGCUCCCCUCAGUCCUUCGAAGCACCACAGCCCUCGGAAGGAUUCCGCGUUCCUCCUUGGAACCUGGUCGACCACUUGUGGUACAUGGGACGGUAUAUGGGCCCUCAGCUCUAGUCUUAUUCCAUCGCUUUUCUUCGCCUUGAAGUAGCUCCCUGUUGAAGUUUAUCCCUGUCGUUAGGUACUAGUCUGAGUAUAUGAACGCUACAUUUAGCCUCU